UCUCAUGGUUGAUCAUUCGGACGCCGUCCGCAUACCGAAACUCGGCUGCAUUCCGGACAUCUCCAGAGCCUACAAAUGCCUCAGAGCCAAAUGGAGUCCCGAUAAGCGCUCAUCUCCCAGCCGGAUCGCAGCUGGACACGAGCCCAAGGCCGUCGAAGCCGCCGCCUCCGCAGAUCCGCCCCCGAGCCGCGUCAUCAGAGCGAAUCCGACCUCCGCAUCCCUUAGACAGCACGACGAGGUACUUGGUUCCAUCCAUCUACAAGAAGGUAACAUGAAUGGAAUCCACAGCUACAGAUAUAGUCACCGGAACGGCAUCCACGACGAGGAGCCGAAGAGCCCUAGGGGAGGAUGCUUCGGGCACCGGAGAGAGAACUGCUUCGCCUCCGUGCCGUCCCCGCUCUCGAGAAGCGCGAGCCGGAGGAGCCAACCGCCGGCGACGCGCUCCUCCUCUCCCUUCAGGAGCGUGAGCCGGAGGAGCACCGAUUCCGCGACGUUCGUCCUGACCUCGCUCUCGAGGAGCUCGAGCCGGAUGAGCUCCACACCAAUCAUGUUCUCCAACUCGACCGGGAUGCUGAAACCUCCGGCGAUCGAGAGGACCUUGGAGUGCACCCUGGAGGAGUUGUGCUACGGUUGCAUGAAGAAGAUCAAGGUGACGAGAGACGUCCUUACGAAUACUGGGCAAAUAAUUCAAGAAGAAGAACUGCUCACGAUAAAAGUGAAGGCGGGAUGGAAAAGAGGGACCAAAAUAACAUUCCAAGGCAUGGGGAACGAGCGGCCCGGGGUCCAACCGGCCGACAUAACCUUCGUCAUCGCGGAGAAAAAGCACGGCCUGUUCCGAAGAGAAGGCGACGACUUGGAAUUGGCGAUCGAGAUCCCGCUGGUGAAGGCCCUGACCGGGUGCGACCUCUCGGUCCCUCUGUUGGGCGGCGAGAGCCUGGAUCUCAUGGUGGACGAGAUCGUGUACCCGGGUUUUGAGAAGGUCAUCAUGGGGCAAGGCAUGCCCGUGUCGAAGGAGCAAGGCCGGCGAGGCAACUUGAAGGUUGUUUUCCUAGUGGAGUUCCCGACGGACUUAACCGACGACCAGCGAGCCGAGGUCGUCGGCGUUUUGGAAGGGUCGGUCUGAAGGAGAGUCUCAGUUUUGCCACAGCUCUCUCUCUCUCUUUAUUUAGCAAUCGCUGCCUGUUUUGUUGUAGAAAUUAUAGAGCUAAGGGACUU